ACAGAGAAUCCUCUUUUUACGCAGUGGCGUUACGCUUUUUAUUUCGUAGAUUUCUCUUCAACCAUAAAAUAUUAUUGCAAGCUUCAAAUAGUGUUUUGUAGAUCUGUAGUAAAUCUACAAUUUGCUUUUAAAACAUUGCAAAAAUGCUGCGUCAUUCCAGAGAAGUCUACAAAUAUGAAAAACGUAACACAUCGCGUAAAAAGAGGUGUCACUGUACUCGUUUUAUUAUUAUACGGAUCCCCAUCCCAGACCAUUUGUCUAUGCGCCUAUCCAGGCCUGCCAGGGUUAAUCAAUUUCCACGAUGACUAUGGGGUAAUCCAGGGCAACACGCCUUUCUUGUCCAGUAUUUGCCGUUCAUUUGUGCAACUCUGAUUGGCUGCUCGACUCGUCAAACGCAAGGCGACGGCCGCCGAACUGAAUUUCACCACGUGCGCAGAUCAAAGGUGACAAAAUUAAGUCUGUCGAAACUACUCCGACCGACCAGUCCAGUCCGGCAUGAAUCGAAGCCAUGACCUCCCCCCGGAAAGGGGGGGUUCCCAGCUGUGUUGGCGUAAGUUCCGAAAUGUUCAGUUGGUUGUUUUGUAGAAUGCACGAGUCUAGGAAGACGAUCGUCGCCGAAUCGGCAGGUAGCUUACGUCGUUCCCAAUUGAAGAAAUGGUCGAAAUGAAUCGCUCAUGAAUUACUCAUUAGCAUCGAUACGGUUGCUGUACGGGAAUCGGAUUUUGGUACGAGCCGAUCGCGACGAUUGAGGGGUUUUCGAGUGUUCGAUAAGGUUAUAAAUGUUGGUUGAUUACGCCGUUAGAACUCAGUGUGGGGUUCAGUGUUCUGUUGGUUGGGUGAAAGUGCGAACGAAGAGUGCGAUCAUGAGUUCGGUUCCGUUGAAGGGUAUCCCGGAAACGUUUGCCGGGGCGGAUGUGUUCAUCACGGGAGGUUCCGGCUUCAUGGGGAAGGUGCUGAUCGAGAAGUUGAUCCGAUCGUGCCCGGAUGUUGGCCAGGUGUUUGUGCUGGUACGACCCCGCCGGGGCAAGUCCCCGGAAGAGCGGAUCGCUGAGCUGGUGAAGGUUCCGUUGUUUGACAAGGUGCGCGAGAUGCAUCCGGAAAAUAUCCAGAAGAUCGUGCCGAUCUGUGGGGAUUGUUCGGAGCUGAAGCUGGGACUGGACGAAGAAAGUUUGAAGAGAAUGGAGAAUGUUCAGUUUGUGUUUCAUGCUGCGGCAAGCGUCCGCUUUGAUGAUCCACUGGAGAAAGCGAUCCUGUUGAAUACCCGUGGAACGCGUGAGGUGAUUCAUUGGGCCACGACGUUGAAGAGCCUGAAAGCAGUGGUACAUAUCUCUACGACCUACAGCAAUCCGGAGAUAUUCGAGAUCGAGGAACGGAUCUAUCCGGCCAAGAUGGACUGGCGAAAGGCGAUCGAGAUGGCGGAGAACGUCGAUUCGGAGGUAUUCCAGACCAUGUCCCAGAAGUUAACCGGAUUCGCCCCAAAUACGUACACCUUCACCAAGGGACUUGCCGAGCAGAUCUGCAACGAUUAUCACAAGGAACUGCCGAUCGUCGUCUUUCGACCGUCGGUUGUUACCAACACCGAGGAGGAACCUGUCCACGGAUGGAUCGAUAACUUCAACGGUCCCGUUGGACUGCUCGUUGGAAUGGGCAUUGGACUGAUGCGAACCGGCUACGUCAACCUGAACAACCGAAUCAACUGCAUCCCAGCGGACGUGAGCAUCAAAGCCAUGAUCAUCGCGGCCUGGAAGAAGGCCAACGAAGGACCAGGGCAGCUUACGGUGAUCAACAGUGCCGCGGAAGUGCACAAGACAGCGGACUACAACUUCCUGAUCUACGAUGCGCGGUACGUGUACUACAAGCACCCGAUGUCCCAGGUCCUGUGGGCUCCCGGUGGAACUCACGCUCCGUGCAAGUACGUGUACUACCUGCUGUUCUUCCUGUACCAGGUGGUACCUUCGAUGUUCCUUGACAUGGCAUUGAAAGCGCGCGGAAAAAAGCCAUUCUUACUCAAACUACAACGCAAGGUCUUCGAUGCACAGAUGUCACUGAAAUACUUCACCGACAAUGAGUGGGUCUUCAAAACGGACAACUUCCGAAAUCUUGCCCACGAUCUCUUAGAAUCUGACCGUGAAACCUUCAGCAUCGCAUACAUGUGCCUUGGGAUGCAGGAGUACUACCGGCGCUGCAUCCUUGGGGGUCGCCGUUACCUGAUGCGCGAGUCCGACGAUACGAUACCGGCCGCAAAGGAGAAGCUGAAACGUUUGCUGAUGAUCAACAAGAUAGCAAAGGGACUGUUUUUCGCCUUGCUAGCUUACAUACUUUACAAAACGGUUUACGUUCCGUAUUUUGCUUGAAAAAAAAAGACUCGCAGUACGUUUUUCAAUCAAUG